GAAGACUCCCGCUAAUUUUUAUUGUUUUGGUGGGAAAAAAUGGUUUUCUAUAUUUAAGUGCAUGUUUAAGUGUUUCGAACUAUUAAAAUUUAAAAUUAAAUAUUUAACGCUUUUGAACAGUAUUUAAUACAACAUUCAAUACGGCGUUGGUACGUGCAUAUAAUGAGUAAUGCUAAUAUUUUAGCGGAGCUUAAACCUUGUGGCUAUAUUUUGGCAACAAGGCAGUAUAAGUACUUUGCAUUAAAAUGCAUCCAUUGUGAUAAAAAAUAUGGUCACUGGUCAACGUUUUUACAACAUUUGAAAGAAUUUCAUAAUGAAAUUGAAGAUGAGGCGCAUUGGCUUUUUGAAUGCACUGAAGAAACAUUGUCAUCGACCUGUGAACAAAGUGAGGAAUACCCUGUGGAGUGUCUGACCGAAGCCCUACCUGCAAACGAAAGGGAAGCUCCUACUAGCGCUUUUCUAAUGGAAGGAAAAAAUGAUUGUGUCGAUAAUGAUUUCGGAAAUUUGUUUUCCGACAAUAAAAUGGACGAAGACUCCUUAGCGGAAGAGGCCGAAAAUGUGCUCUCAAAUAGAGAGGACUCGCCAUCCCCAACUAAUCGGUUUUUAAACGAAACCUUUGAAGAUUCGCAUGACCAAUUAAGUAAUUGUGUUACAGCUGAAAAAAUUAAAAAUGUUACAGUUAAUUUAAAUAUUGAUAAUGAAGUCACCGUACAGCUUAUAACAAUAUAUAGAAAAUUUCCAUCAUUGUGGAUUUUGGAUAAAAAUGCAUCCAAUAAGAAAAAUGUAAAAUUUAAAGAGAGGCAAGAAAUGUUAAAAUCGCUUGCAACACAUAACGUACAUAUAUCUAUGGAUGAUUUAGAAGAGUGUCUGACACAACUUCAUUUACAAUAUUGUGAUAUAUCGAGAAGGUUAGAAGAAGGAAUAGAGAUUUCAGAUAUUGAAGAGAAAUAUUUCGAAAUGUGUGCAUUUUUGAAACCAAUAAAUAAACCACAUCUUGUUAUAACUGAAGAUGAAAGUGAGAAGUCUGAAACUUUGGAUGGAGAAGGUGAUAAGUUUAUAGGCGAUAAUGAUUUUAACGAAGGCUCACAAAGUGGAUAUGGCUCCUCCGAUGGCGAAGCAUUUCAAAGUAAAUUGAUUGAAACGGUAAGUAUUCAAACACUUGUUAGGUUUUCGAUACGUAAUAAAAUCACCUCUGAUUUUAUAAAAGGUCUCCGAGAACAGUCCUGUCUAUGGGAUUCGAAAGACCCUGCUUAUAAUGACCCAAAAGAGCGUUUACAAGCAAUAAAUAAGUUGAAAGAUUAUUUUCUUUCUAACUACAGUAUACCCCUUACGGAGGCAAAAAUUACAACCGAAAUAAGACGUUUGUACAGCUUUUAUAAAAGAUGUGUGGUUACGCGGAACACCUUGAAUGCUAAUCGUCAAUAUUAUUAUGACAGCUGCGCAUUUUUGGCAGGUGCAGAAUUGGAUGAUGUACUCCUAAAACGCACUUACACAUAUCGUAAAAUUUCGUUUCAAACAGUCGAUGAUUUUACGCUGGGCUUCAUUGAUUUCUGCGCUAUGCAUCCUGUACUAUGGGACAAAAGCGAUCCCAAUUAUUCCGUAUUAAAUGUACGUCGACAGGCUUACGAAGAAAUUGCAAAAAAUUUACAACAAAUUUACAAUGUUGAAUUGAAUAAUGAUGAGAUUUAUUAUGCAAUUUCUCGGCUUAAGCAUCAUUAUUAUACGUUGCAACGCAAGAAUUUACUAAACGGUUCCCUUAACAACAUGGAGCAGGAGUUUUUAGAGCGCUGUAGCUUUUUACCAACUUCAAAUAACAAUCUGCAGUGUCUGAUUUGUGAACGAAUAUUGCGCAGUUAUUCCACCUUACAAACACAUAUGCUAAAAGAGCACAAUAUUGGUGAACUGCCACAUAAAUGUGAACAUUGCGAACAACGCUUCGAACGAAGAGCUCUGAAAGUUGAACAUGAAGUCCGCGCUCAUACCAAGCAAUUUGAAUGGUUUUGCGCAUAUUGUUCCAAAGGGUUUGCCACGCGUCGUGAUAUGGAAAUACACACAUUGGUUCAUACGGGAGAGCAUACAUGCGUUUGCGAACAUUGCGGUAAAGGUUUUCGCCUGAAACAUCAAAUGACCGAGCAUGUGAAGAUCAUGCACGAACGUUUGAAACGCUUCAAGUGCACCAUGUGUCCAAAGGACUUCUUUCGAAAACGUCAACUUGACGAUCAUGUACGUGCACAUCUGAAUAUACGGGAUAAAAUUUGUAAUAUUUGUGGCAAAGGAUUUACCAGCAUACAUGGACUUUUCCGACACAAACAAUUACAUUCGGACGUAAAGAAAUAUGAAUGCAAUAUUUGUGGUAAGCGUUUUCAUCGUAUUUCUGCUUUGAAUUCACAUAAAAAACUGACGCAUAAAAAAGCUAAACAACAAGAGAGUUUUUUAAAUAUUAUAAGUGAAGAAGAAGAGGAUGAUAGCGACGCUAAUGAAAUUUCUCUUUGAUACGCUUAAACUUUUCAACAACAUUCUAUAUGUAUAAAACGUAAACAUACUGACGUUCUACAUUACGUUUCCAUAUAGAAUUAAUAUCAACGUUAUAAACUUUACUGACGGAGGCUGUCAUAGUUAAAUGGUUUACGAGUGUGUUCUGGAUACAUCUCUCGCAUAUUUGUAGACAUACCUUUUUGUGCGUUAUGCCACCUCCCUUUCCCAUCAUCGACGAUUUCUAAACUACUUUAUUUAUAUAUAUAUUAAUAAGUAUAUAUUUGAGUUUCCAAAUGACUGCACUGUUGACCGGACAUCCAGUUGAAACUAGUAUAUAUCUAUAUUAUUUAUAAUUAUAUUUUAGUAAUAAAUCAAUAAUAAUUUGAUAAAUCUAAACGUAGUGCUAAUAUUAAA